GACGCUUAUUCUGGCAAGUAUCCACACAUUGUCAGCUCCAAAACCCUUCAAGCCGGUAAUUCUGAUGGUCUUUUCAGAAGUUUCGUUCAAUCUGAUCAAACUCAGCCUGGCCAGGGUCAUCAGCAAACAUAUGCAUUUUUCCCCGUAGAAAAUGCUUCAAUACUUUCCGAUAGUUGGCGUUUUGAUGUUAUCUAUGAUGCAGAACUUGCUCGCUACACUGUCCCCCCAUUUCUAUUUACCAUAGACAAGAAUGACGAAUUUAAUGUUCUUGCCGAAAUGGAUGAUUGGAUUACAUCGCUCACUGGACUUAUUGAAGAUCGUAUUUGA